AUGCGUGCGUUGGCGAUACAACAAGUCCACGCAAAUCUUCGUACUCUGCAACGUUAUGAACAAUUAAUGAGCGGAAGAAGUGUUGAAGAACGCACCAUUUUUGGGCCAUACGGUGGCAUAAACGUCAAUUUGGAGCCAUAUCCUCGUUAUGCUAGUCAUGACGUACAAGUGAUACCACAUUCGUCAUCCUUGCUUGGAAACAAUGAGGCCCUGAAGGGUUUGACGGAACAAACAGUGGAAGUGAGGUACGCGGAAUGA